AUGGUCGCCAGGGCUGUCGAGGGCGACGUGUACACGCCCGAGACGGUGUCUGCGCUGACCAACUACGGUGUCCAUCUGCGAGAUGCGAGGGUCAGGGUCGAGGAGAGCAUUCGCCGGCUCGAGAUGGAGCUCGAGGGUUAUGGCGUGGGCGCGCAGAGGGGACAGGCGCAGGCGCAGGAGGGACGGAUGAGGGAGAUGGCGAGGGUGUACAGGGCCAUGGAGAGGGAGAUUGACGAGGUGAAGAAGGAUCUCAAGAGGCUGGGGAGGUGAAGGGCCCGUCUUGGGUCUUGAUGUUACGACGAAACAUGAAGUAUGAAGCAUGAAAUCAUGAAGCAUAGCGAGCCACCAUGAGGAUGCAAUGUCGUCAAGAGAAUCAUGGUGUUAUACAGAAUCAGCGCUGCCAGUCUACUGCCGCGGGCGUCAUCGCUCGCUUGUCAUCUAGUCUGCCGCCCACCGCC